GAGGCUGGCCGAUGGACGGCUUAGAUCCUAGAUCCUUCUUUUAGACCGGCCUUGGUACCACCAACGACUGUAGUGUGUAGUGUAGUGUAGUGUUGUGGUUAGUGAUGUGCUGAUCUGGAACCUACAGGUGGAAAGAGAGAGAUGGGGGUAGAGAGAUGCGGAGAGAGAGAGAGAGAGGGAGAGAGAGCAGGAGAGUGAAAGAUUUUUACUCUGAACAAACAGUGAAGGAAUGCCAGUGUAAACACAGGAGUGUUUCUGAUAGAGGUGGGACUGUACUGAUUCUGAACGCGAGCGUCGUGUUUACACACACCACUUUACGGCUCAUUCAGCCCUGAGAGAGAGAGAGAGAGUAGAAUUAGGCCAGGGAACUAUUUCUGUGUAUGUGUGUGUGUAGCAGUAAGCUGAGGGAAAGGUGUGUUUAAAGAGAAGACAGAGGGGAGCUUUGUAUCCCACUUCACUCUCUCUCUCUCCUACAGGUCAACUCUUGCUCUCUCUCUCUCUCUCUCUCUCUCUCUCUCUCUCUCUCUCUCUCUCGCUCCCUUGCUAACUGUGAGCUCACUGUCUCUCUCUCUCCAUCUCUAUAAGAUGCUCUCACUGUUGUACAGCUGCCUGCUGCUCCUACUGUGCCAGCAUGUGUGCAGGGCACAGAGUAAUGCUCCGUUUUGCAGUUGGCCAUGUAAGUGCCCCAGUGUUCGGCCGCAGUGUGCUCCGGGGGUCAGCGCAGUGCUGGACGGCUGCGGAUGCUGUAAGAGCUGCGCCCGGCAGAUUGGAGAGCCGUGCAAUGAGAGGGACGUGUGUGACCCUCACAAGGGCAUGUACUGCGACUUCUCCAGAGACAAACCACACUUCCGGAACGGCAUCUGCGCAUAUAUGAUGGCAGUGGGGUGUGACCUAAAUGGCGCUCACUAUGACAACGGCCAGUCCUUCCAGCCCAGCUCGCUGUAUAAGUGCGUCUGCAUUGCCGGAGCUAUCGGCUGCACGCCGGUGUUCGCCCAGAAACCUGCAGCUCUGAUGAGUCCAGCAGGACUGCAGAGCAGCGUCCCCGCAGGACUGCAGGCCAAAAAACAGCAGGACACCACCUACAAGACCAUGUCAGCUUACAGGGAUCCUCCUUUAGCCUGGAAGAAGAACUGUCUGGUGCAGACCACACCCUGGUCUCCGUGCUCGCAGACCUGCGGCGCCGGCAUCUCCGUGCGCAUCUCCAACGACAACGGCAAGUGUGAGAUGAGAAAGGAGCGGCGGCUGUGUCUGCUUAGACCCUGCGACAAAAAGAUCCUGAAGAGUGUCAAGAUUCCUGCAGGUAAGACGUGUAAGCCCACAUUCCAGGCCAAGAAGGCGGAGAAGCUGACGCUGUCCGGCUGCACCAGCGUUAAGAAGUACCGGCCGAUCUUCUGCGGCGUGUGCACUGACCAGCGCUGCUGCGUCCCCAACAAGUCCAGAGCCGUGCAGGUGCAGUUCCGCUGCAAGGGGGGCAGCACUGUCAACUGGAAGAUGCAGUGGAUCACCUCCUGCGUGUGUGAGCGGAAAUGCAAUAAACCGGGGGACAUGUUCUCCGAGCUGUACUUACUGUAACACACACGCACGUUUGUUUAAAUACAGUCUCAGACAGACCAGCCACGGAAAUGUGAUUUAUGCUAUAUAUCAUCACUGUCAGAAAACAUAAUCUCUAUAUUAAUUCAUUAAACUUCAGUUAAUUUUAAAACUCCAGCUUCUGACGAAUUGAUCAUAAGAAAUGAUCAAUAAUUAAAGUAAUAAAAGUAAAAAAGGUUUCAGUUGGUUUUGUUCUGACAGUAAUGAUAUGACAGUUUUUUGCACCCCUGUUUAAAGUACAUGUUGAUGAUCUAAUUUAAAAAAAAAAGGAAAUUUUCAGAGAUUUAAUUAAACAAAAUAUUAUGAGGUGCUUUUAUCUUUGGAUUUUUCACAGUGUUAAGUAAAUAGAGUAAAUAGAAAGUGUGUAUCACGUAUUGUUCAUACAAGUUUGCUUCCUGUAGAGAAAGUUUUUUUUUUUUCACUUAGAACAUCACCAUGAACAAACAUGUACAGUUUGAAUGUGGGUGCACAAACUCUUCAGACUAAAACAACUGUGUAUUCUUAUCUUUAUUUUAUACAGAUUAUACAGUACACUCUGCAUUAGGCUACAUCCAAUCAGUAUAUCACAUAGAUUGUCUAGUCCCUGUAAUGCCGGGUGUGGGCUAGAGGAGUAUAGUGUUCUGUAUAAUGCUGGUGCUCCAUCCAGUACUUUUGGGAUGAGUUGGGGAGUUGGGAGUGAUGUAGGGUGGUGAUCAUCAAACAUCCAUACAAACAAACCCUGAAACAAAUCCUUACAGCAAAGCUCCAAAAUCUAGUAGAAUGUCUUCUUUGGACAGUAGACAAACAAACCCCAACAAAAGUAGGAUACACUCUCUUUUAAUACCCUUAUUUCAGAGGAAAUUAUGAUUGGGCACAGAAUAGUGUGCACCAACUCAUACUCUAAACUUUCCAAUAUGAGAAUCUAUUCAAACAUCCUGAAACAAAUCCUAAAAAAGUCUAGUCAGGAGACAUUUGUUUGUUCAAAACUAUUUAAAGCUUUUACUGCUGCACAUUGUUCUCUGUUUUUCAGUCUGUCUCUGCUGUGUUUUUAUGCCUACAGGUAAAUCAUAUUGAAUUCUGGGCUUACAAAAAUAUACAUUUGUUCAUUUUUUUUUGUAAAGUGAUACUUUUGUUUAACCCUCCUGUUAUGUUACAGGUCAAAUUGACCCGUUUUAAAGUUUGAAGAGCUAGGGAAAAUAGUUAUAAGUAUUUUUUUUCUUUUAGUAUGAAACUUAAUUAGUGUAAUUAACAUGUAAUAUGAAAAUGGUUCAUCUCACAUAUUUGCAACCAUCCCCUGCUAAAACUAAAACUAAAACAAAAUUACAAUGUUAUGUUUCAAUGUUAUGUAAAACUAUUGUGUUUUAUAUGUUAGUUUUUCAAAAGUUUUUUUUUUUUUUUUUUUUAAUGAAAAAUCAGUGAAUUAUCCUAAUGGAACCAUUACCUGUUAAGGGUAAGGAACACUAUUGCACUAAAUAUUGAUAUAAUAAUUAGCAAUGGAGUUAGUCAAUAAAUAUUCACACAGCUUUUUAGGAUUUUCUGGGGUCUAAUUGACCCUGGAACAUCAUUGCUGUUCCUGACAAAUGAACAUAACAGGAAGGUUAAACUCUGCAGUAUCACAGUACUAGUCUUAUUCCAUUAUUACAUUUCAGUGGCAGGGAAAGGUUACGAUGGUUAAACGGAUAAACCCAAAAGCAAAGCUGCCCAGUCAGUACUGUUUUUGAGCUCCCUCAUUGGUUGGGGAUUAACUGGUAGACCCACAGACCUUUGGAUUUACCACCUGUACAUUUAGGAAUCAACCAAUCACAUUCAGAAAAACAAUCGCUUUAAAUUAUAAACGCUUACACUGUUUUCAAUGGGUGGCACCAAUUUUAAGGUUCUGUAUGAGCCGUAAACGUAAGCAGCACACUGUGAGAAAAAAAAUAUCACUAGUCUUUCUCAAGGUUCUUCAUAGACUGUGAAUGGAAGAGCUGAACUGGUAUAUCGACACUUAUGAUCAAAAUAAUAGUUGCACCCAGAAGGAAGUGCUGGAGAUGAACAAUCCAUGUGAGGAGACACUGUGAUUUGCGCCAACAUGAGUGGCCUGAUAUCAUAGUGUGGAGGUCAGUUUCAUGUGAUGCCAGAUUACCAUUGGUGUUUAUUACAGGCACUUUGACUGUGGAACCAGUCUGUGUUCCAACAGGACGAUGCUCGUCCACAUACUACUGCUGUCUAAAGAGCUUACCUUGAAGACACAGAUGCUAUGCCUUGGCCAGACGCAGAGUCAAGAUUCAAGAUUUUUAUUGUCCCGUCACAGAGUACAGAUGUUCAUGUGAGUGAAAAACUUAGGUGCAGGUUCCCACUAGUGGCCAGAGAACAAUAUUUACAACAGAGAAGAAUAAUGCAAUAAAAUAGAAAUAAUAAUAAUAAUAAUAAUAAUAAUAAUAAUAAUAAUAAACUUUAUUCAUAAAGCAGCUUUCAUACAUUAAAAUGCAGCUCAAGGUGCUGUACAUACAGAGAGAAUAAAAUCAGAAAAAGAAGGAAAAAUGGAAAAGGAAAAAACAGUAAAAGUAAAGUAAAAUUAGCAAUUAAUAUAAGACAAUAGAAAAUAACAAAAAAUAAUACAAAUAGUAAAACUGUGAAAAGGACAGGUAAAAUAAUAAUAUCAAGUAGAAUUACAAAAAGUUGUGACUGAUAUAUUAAAAUAAAAAUAUAUUAAAACAAAAACUUAACAAAAAUCAAAACAUACAAAUGUAAAUCGAUACUUUUAUCGAUGCAUAAUAAUACAAAUGGCUCAAUUAUUAAAACAAAGUUUAUAAAAAUAUGUAUAUGUCUUCAGCUGCUUUUUGAAACUGUUUACUGAUGCUUGUCUGAUCUCAACACGUAAGCUGCUGCUUCCCCUCUUCUUCUCUUCUUAUUAACUUUCAGUACUUUAAGCAGACUGGAAGUGCUAGAUCUUAAGGAACGACUGGGAACAAAAUGUUGCUGUCCAAUGAAAAACACUUAUCUCCAAAACAGCAACUUUACAGGAGAGCAAAAAAGCCUUGUAAACUUUCAAUGGAAGUCAAUGUAAAAAUAGUUUAUUUCAGGUCAUUUUGUAGAAGCAAUGUUGCGUAAGUGAAAAAAGGCAGAUGUUGUAAGUAAAUAUAAAGUUAACUUUACAGUAUACACAAUACACACAAUAACUUACACUAUAGACAUAUGGUAUUGCAUGAAUAUACGUUAAGUAAGACUGAAUAUAUAAAUGUACGAUGUUAUAUAGAUGUGCAGACAUCUAGAGGGUGUGUGUGGAAGUGAGGAAAUAGUCCAAUAUAUGACAAAAAAAAGAAUAGCUGUAAGUCAGGUGCAGGAACAGAAUGAGUUGUGUGGGAAGUACAGGAGGCAGAAUGCGGUAUGUAGGAUAAUAUGGGAAAGUCUGAUUGGUGCAGAGUUUUUAUAGAAGGCAGUGGGGUGGUUUGGGCAGAACACUGUUCAGAACAGGCAGUGGCUUUGGUGGGAGGGGUCAAUUCUAUUCCUGACUGAUUCUGUGUGUAUAGCUCAGUUAAUACUAAUUUAAAUAUGAGUUUAAAUUUUAAAUCAUUUAUCAUCCCCCAUUCCUUCUGUGUGCAACUAUUAUUUAAUGAGUGCAUACCUAUAAAUAAUACAGGCUCAGAUCAAAAACACCGCACAUCACAGUGCCUCUCUCUACAGAACACCAGGAACUGUAACCGGAUUAUUUAUUUGUAAAGAUAGCUUUUUCAGGAGCAGCUCUGUUUGAUACACCCUCGUGUAUUUGCCUCCUGUAAGCAGCUCUCAAAUGAAAUAAUCUUAUUUUAGAUUCACUGAUAUGUUAGUCUGAUUAAAUCAUAUCAGUAUAUUAUUAUGUAUGUUUAUUAAAAUGUGAAUAGUUUUAAUAAAGAUGUCUGUUAAAUGUACACGAUGCAGUGCGUAUGGGCCUGAACCCCACGAGCUGCUGAGACAGGCUGUUUAUUCACAUCUGAUAUAAUAAACAUCUUUUUAUGAAUAUUAAA